AUGAUACCAAAUCCUGGUUCGACUGAUAACGCAUCGUCUGACUGGCUAUCUGUAGAAACUUCUAGAGUCUGUUUAUUUGAUGGUGCAUGGAGUACAGACGAUAAAUUUACCGGCCAAGGCUGGUUCUGCAGGAAAAAUGGAGUAACCGAGAAGAUGAUGGGUGCCAUGAGUCUCCGCCGAAGCUUAUCCGCUUUACAUGCUGAAUGUGAAGCUUUGAUAUGGGCGAUGGAGUGCAUGAAGGUUCUCAACUUCUCAGACAUAGUCUUUGCAACGGACUGUUCUCAAUUGGUGAAGAUGGUGUCAUCACCUGGGGAAUGGCCAGCUUUUGCUACACAUUUGGAGGAAUUUCAACGCAGUAAGACUUUCUUCCCUACUUUCACAAUCCGACAUAUUCUGAGGGCGCAAAAUCAAGUGGCGGACAGACUGGCACGAGGUGCUAGACGUUCCCCUUCAGCUGUGUUUUAUGUCGACAAUAUGCCUCCGGCUUGGUUCUCUGAGUCCGGCGCGCAUACAUCGUAG